GUAAAUUGAUUCGUUUGAUAUAUUCUUAAAAGUUGUGAAAUACUAAAAGGUUUGAAAAUUUGUACAAAUUUCACGACAUUCCAUAUAUACGGCACUGCGUUAUUCGACUUCGAAUGGCGAUAGCCAUAGAGCGAAGAAGGUGCAGCUGCACUUUUGUGCUGCGCAUUGGCUAGGCAGAUUGAAUGGGACUUUCAUCGAUAAUGCGCACAGCUAAUCGAACCAAUAAAAAUUGAAACGAUCGUAAGUCAAAUAAACAAUGAAUAAAAAAUAGCAAAAGAAUAACGGUGGAGAGGGAAUUUUUCACAACAGUUCUUAGAAACGGAGGCGAUUUUGCUUGUAUAAUCCACAUGUACGAUCGAAGGAAAUUUUACUGCUUAAUUUAUAGAGUAAUUUAAUAUCGGCACGCCACACAUUCCCGCCGAGCGUAAUUACGACGAUCGAGACUGAAGAAAAGACUUUUCGGCCGGACACAGAUAAUUGCGGGUUGCGCAACGUUCAAGGUCACACUAGCUGAAGGUAUCUAUCAGUAAUUCAUUGAGACUAACGCAGUACCUCGGUAUUCCUUAUGCGCAACCUCCGGUUGGUCAGCUUCGCUUUGCGCGGCCGGUGACAGAUCCUCUUCCCUCCUGGAGUGGCGUGAGAAAUGCAACACAAUUCGCACCAUCUUGCCAACAGGCUUCAGGUCGACUUAAAUUGCACGAGAAGCUCUAUAAGCGAUUGCUACCACCGGAUAUGCCCGAUCCGGGAUUCAGCGAAGAUUGUCUCUUUUUGAACAUCUUCGUCCCGAACGAAGGAAACCGUCAAAGCGACCCAUGGCCAGUGAUGGUCUGGUUCCACAGUGGCGACUUCAACACUGGAAUUCCAGCGAUCUGGGACGCCUCUAUAUUCGUUACCAAACAAAAGGUGCUAGUGGUGACGGUGGCGUAUCGAUUAAACAUCCUCGGAUUCUUCACGACGACGGACACUGAGGCAUCCGGCAAUUACGGCAUGUUCGAUCAGAUCGCUGCCCUUGACUGGAUAAAGCGAAACAUCAAGUACUUCAAUGGCUCGCCCAACAACAUCGUCAUCUACGGUCACAGUUCCGGCGCCAUAAGCGUGGGCCUGCACAUUCUGAGUCCUCUCAGUAGAGACAAGUUCCAUAAGGCGAUCGCCAUGAGCGGGGACGCCAUCGGUUCCGUCGGCACGCUGGACAGGGAGAAGCCGGUCGUGGACAUCAUAGCUGACAAGUUCGGCUGCAAUCGACGACCGACCAGCGCGCUGAUGGAAUGCCUGCGGCGGUUACCAGCCGACUUUCUGAUCAAGCACUCAUCCGACAUCGAGACGUGGGGUCCGAUCGUUGAUGCCGAAACGAACAACGAGACGGAACCGUUUCUCGCGCAACAUCCGAAGGACAUCUUGGAAAGUGGUAACUUCAAUGCGGUGCCGCUGAUCGCCGGCUAUACGAAUAACGAGCAAGUUCUGGCGUAUAUGGAGACCAUGGCCAGUGACCAGAAUUCAGAGGGUGGACUUUCUUCGGCAAGUUUCGAGACGAUGAUCACAGAUGAGUUCACGGCAGCGGUGCAGAACCCAGAUGACAACAGUACCUGCGAGUCGAAGCCCGAGAUGGUGACGAACGCAGUGCUGUUCUUCUAUAGACCAUACCCAUCUACGACAAACACGACGAUAUUUCGCGACAGAUACUUGGAUCUGCAAACGGAAAGAAAUUACGCGGCUGGCCUGACUUUGCUUGCCGGCAAAGUAGCAAAGCGAAAAAAGGCAACGGCUUUCGUAUAUCGGUUCGAUUAUCGUCCCAAAACGCAACCGGUCGCGAAGGACGUGCCAGAAUGGGCGGGCGUGCCACACAUGUUUGAGCUCCCAUUCGUCUGGGGUUUACCGCAUCUGAUGGGUGCCAGCACGCAAUGGAUCUUCAACGAUAAGAAGAUGUCCGACGUAAUGAUGGCUAUGCUGGCGACGUUCGCUAAAACCGGAGAUCCCUCUUUGACGAGCGCCACAGGAUCAAUCAAGUGGGAACCUUAUACACAGGACAAUCCGAGAAUUCUGAUCAUUGAUAAAAACGUGGAGAUGAACGAGCCGAAUGCGGUAGACUACAAGGCACUCGCAUUCUGGAACGAGUAUUAUCCACAAGUCGUCAUGGAAGCGACCAACAAUUGUUGCAACAUCACGAGCAUGGCGAUGACAUGGAGGAUAUUCUCUCGCAGCGUGUGUUUCAGCGGCGUGCUGGCUACGAUGGCGUUUUAUCGCUUCUGGUUCUAGCUACGCUUUCACAGCGUAAAAUAUUAAAUACUGAUUUAAAAAGAGGUGUUACGCUCGCUGUUGUAUAUUUUUAAUAGACCAAUAACGAAAGAAGAUGAAACAGCGUUGUCAGAUUUUGCAAUUUUAUAACAAGAUCUCUUCCCACACUCUACUUUUUAAAAGUAAACGCAAUAAUAAUCUUGUUAUACUUUUGUAGAAUAUAUAUCUCGCGAAAUUUGCAUUUUUCUUGUGUGUGUGUGUGUGUGUGUGUGUGUGUGUGUGUGAAUAGAUUCUGCGAUAUCUCACAAUAUCGUACGCCUUUAAUUCCGAGUUCUCGUACUUGUACGUCUGUAACUAUUGCGAUAUGGUAGUAAUAUUAAAUUUUUUUACGUUCGCAUUUGAUAUCCCAAUUACAUUGCGUAUAUCACAAAGUUACUUUAUUCCGUUUUUCUUAUCUUACAACUGUUACUUGAUGUAGAGAUUAUACGAAACAAGGAAAAAUUAUCUACAGACUAAUCACGCGAACGGCAGAACAUGAUUCACAAAUGAGACAAAGGGGGCUCGGAAUGAAAUAAAAUGAAAUCCAGGUUGCAUUACAAGAGUAGGAAACUUGGGCCCUUUUUUUUAACAUUCACUGAUUUUUUUUAUUAUUUGCCUUAAUACGGAGAGAUAUAGAAAAACAUACUUUGUUUGAGAAACAAACAGUUUGAUAACUUAUGAAUAUUUUGAUGAUCCGAUAAUAAUUAAUAAUUAAUUAAUAUUAAUAAUAGCAAUAAUCAUGUUCAAGUACCAUCUAUGUAUAAUUAUUAUAUUAUAUAAGAGAGAGAGAGAUGCGCGGCGAGAGCGCGAUGCAUGGGGGCUAAUGGCCUGCGCACGCGCAUGUCCACAAACGUUUCUUUUUUUCUUAUCUCUUCCAUUCUCCUAAAUAUAUACUAUUAAUCAUU